CAUAAGGAGGUCAGGAGCAUAGGGUAGAGAGCAUAGGUCAGGAGCACUGGGAGGCUUAAAUAUGGCUAAGGAGACCCACACACCAGUGAAGCCUAAAGAAAAUAUGAAACAACCAAUAAUAAGCACGAAAAAUCCAACCCCAAGAACCAAAGAGAAGAAGGAAAAGAACUAUUCUCGACAAAAGACCAACAAAAAUGGCAAGGUGGAGAAGAAAAUCAUAAAGGUAAAAAAACCCCUUCAAAGGAAUUCCAGAAAAAAAACUCAGUCACCUCCUUCCUGCUCAAAAAAGCCUAGGAUAACAAUGAGACCGACAAUGUUUGUGUGUCUCCACAAGCAGAAUAAGACACAACAUAAAAAUCAGAAGAGCAAGCACAAAAGACAACAGGACAUAAAAAUCAGAAGAGCAAGCCCGGAAGACGCUGGCAAAAGCAAACCAUCCCAAGUAACCAUCUCUGCUGCCAGUAAAUGCAGAGCCUGGAUCAGAAACGUACAACUAGCAACAGCAACUCUGGGGAAUCGCCAAUCACAUAAAGGCCAAAUCUGAGACCAAUAAUGUUCCACCCAUGCUGAUGAAUGCAAUAAAAUCAGCACAAUGUAAAA